UGAUUAAUAUAACGGAAACAUUGUCUAUAAUAGUCAACCAUGAUUCUAAAAGUAGCAUUAAAACCAAUGUGAACUCUACAUUCAACUCAUUCUCAUGUCUGGUGCGUGCAUGAGAGAGUAACAAAGAGGAGGUGCUUUAACACCAGCCCCACCCUAUCGUCUGCCUUCCAGUCCUCCACAUGAAGAAAAACUCAUUCUGUAAACCAGAGACUGAACAGCAGGUUGGGUUCUAAAAGCCUUAUAUGACUACAACAAAGUGACAGGCUAUGACUAAGAUCUCGACGAGACAAAGAUGAUCACGCCUAAAGUCACAGAGUGAUGGGAAGCCAAACAAAAGGAUAGGAACUGAAAUGAAACCAGGCUGGUUGGUGGAAAUUUCACGUUACUCUUCUUCAUGAAGAACAUCUUCAACCCGGUAUGGAUCCUCCUUUCAUGAAAGGCUCAAAACUGAGAUCAAGAAUCUUCCGAGUAAUUUGGAACAAACAUCUAAAAACCAACUUCCUGUGCCGGUAAACAAGGCUUCUAUUUAUUCAACCACACGCAAAGCAUUCAUCAUGCCUUGUUGAGAGGAAAAAGGAAGGUAAUCUAAUGUGGUUUGCUCAUGCAAAUGCCUACAUGCAUUUUUCUUGCACUUUUACAGUAGGAUUACGCAACAUCUGAGUGGAAAGACGCUUCUUCUGGCCCCUUUGUGAAAUGUAUACACUGGAUUUGUAUACAUUUACAUGAAUCUUCAUGGAAUUUCAUAUUUUUGUUCUGAGUGACUGACUCCUUUUAAGCCAAACUCUAAUCGAUGACAAUGACUGAAAACAGUUCAACCACAAACUGUACCAAAGAUGGCUUUAAAUAUGUGUUAUACAGCUCCGUUUUCAGUAUUGUCUUUAUUUUUGGGCUGCUCUUGAACAUGGUGGCCAUGUACAUUUUUUUUUGCAGACUGAAAAUGCGCAACGAGACCACAACAUACAUGAUGAACCUUGUGGUCUCAGACAUCCUCUUCGUCUUCAGCUUGCCUUUCAGGACAUUCUACUUUAUUAACCGUCAUUGGCCAUUCGGCGAUGUUCUCUGCAAACUCUCAAUGGCUGUGUUCUACACCAAUAUGUAUGGCAGCAUCCUCUUCCUUACAUGCAUCAGUGUGGACCGAUUCUUGGCGAUCGUUUACCCCUUUGCAUCUAGAACAUGGAGGACCAAGCGCAAAGCAAUAAUCACCUGCUGUGUGAUCUGGGUGUGUAUGCUGUCAGGAAGCCUAACUGGAGUUUUAAUAAUGGACACCACAAUGAACACCACUUCGAAAACAAACGGCAGAGUGUACUGUUUUGAGAACUACUCAAACUCCCAGUGGAAGUCCAAGGUAUCAAAAGUGGUGGUGCUUAUGGGAACCGUGGGCUUCCUGAUUCCACUGAUGAUCAACAUUUUUUGCUCCAUGAGGGUCCUACAGACCCUACGAAACACAGAGAUCAUCAACCGUGGAGGGCAGCUGAACAAGGCUAAGAUAUUGCGUAUGAUUGUUGUGCACUUGGUCAUUUUCUGUUUUUGCUUCAUUCCAUACAACAUCAAUCUGGUCUUCUACACACUGGUCCGGAGUCAGGUUAUUACAAGCUGCACCGUGGAGACAGUGGUCCGGACAAUUUAUCCAAUUGCAUUUUGCAUUGCCAUAACCAACUGUUGCUUUGACCCAGUGAUCUAUUACUUCACCUCCGAGACGAUUCAGAACUCCAUUAAACGGAAGUCUUACACUGAACACAAAAACACAAUUGACAACAGUUUUAAUAGAAGUGAUUCGAAGAAUAAAUCUCUUAUUGUUAAAUUCAUCAACAAAGAGUCUACAAGAUAAGCAGACACAAAUUGUUUUUAUACCCAUUUUAUAUUAAAUUCUCAUCUGACAUACUCUUAGCAAUUGGUUGGCAGAGGAAGUAUUGACUGAUAACUAACUGAAGACUGUUGAACUUGCAGAACUAUGAAGUAUCAUUUUGGUGCUAGAAUGGAUGUGUUUAAAGGCUAAAUUCAACUACCAUUACUGAACCUGUAAUUGUAUUGUACUUAACCUGUAAUUGUAUUAGAACCGUAUAUUACUGAGACCUGACAAGAAUAAUCAGUAUUUCAGUAUAAAGUGAUACAUUUCAAAACAACAGAUUAAAUUAACCUUAAACUCUCUUGCUUUACAUUGAAAAUGUCUAAAUGUAUCAACUAAUAAUUAAUAUUUUAUUUACAACAUUUAAUAAUCCAGGUUCAUUUAUUUAACAAAUAACUAAGUUUAAUAAUGCUCAUUCAAAAUACCCUUAACCUUUACAAAGUGUAUAUAGAAAUUAAAUUAAAUGCUGUUGUUCAUUGUUUUUCCCUCCAUAUAAUCUACUGAAUUAAGUGUUAAUUGAACCUUAUUUUAAAGUGUUACCAUCUAAACAAAGUUCAUUAUUUCAAUGAAUUAAUGAAAUGAAUUAAAUUAAUGAAAUGAACCUCUAGUUUAAGUAUAGUAAUAUUCAGCAAAACUGCCAGUCUCUCGUGACACUUGGGAUAAACAUUUUUCUAGAUAAAAUAUCCCCAUGUGUCAUUUCCUGUUUAUUCCUGAGCAAUUCAGACAGUUGUAUUGUCUGAGGACAAACAGUAAGAGGAAAAGGGAGUGACUCAGAGAACGAUGACAUUAAGUGGGCUUUGGUCUACUGAUUAUAUCAAGGUUCUUCAAUGUAAGAAAUUAAGCUGAUGAUGAACAGGUCUGCAGGCAAUGCCACUUCCAUGCAGUUAGAGAUUUUCCCAGCAAUAGCUCAAGCUGUAUUUUU